GAUCGCACCUCAAGCCAAUCGAAUUACGGGAAGGGUGGCGACGCGAGAGAUUCAAACUUCCAGGAGAAGUUCGUCCCCUUUUCCGAGUUUAUCCAGGGGUGGUGGCAGAAAAUAACUUAGCGUUAACGUGAACUAUUAAACACUUUAGAAGCAGUUUUUAAUCUAUAUAUAGAUAUCUAUAUAUUUAACACAGAGAGCAGUUGGGAGAUGUAGUUUGAGUCUGAGUAUAUCUGACAGGAAUACAACAACAAACUAUCAUGGCGGGGGAGAGGCUGCAGAGCGGCUUCCCGUUGAGCCUGACGGAGGCCGACAUCCUGGACCCGGCGUUCCAGCAGCGGCUGGAGGACGCGCGGGAGCACAUCCGGAGGCAGAUCCAGAGGGAGCUGAAGAUCAAGGAGGGGGCAGAAAACCUGCGCAAGGCGGUGAGCGACAAGAAGAACCUGGCCCACGUGGAGGGGGUGCUCAGGGCCUCCAACCACAAGCUGGAGCAGCUGCACUGGGAGAUGCAGGAUCUGAACGCCCGGGCUGUUGCCAGGGAGAAAGAGAACAGCAGGCCAGCAGGUGACGCCGUGCCCCCUGACCCCUGCCACUGGGAAGAAAGCACCAGCGCUCUGGGCAGCCGCAUCUCCGUCCUGAAGAAGCAGCUGAAAAUCGAGAUGAAGGUCAAGCAGGGAGCCGAGAACAUGAUUCAGAUGUACUCCAACGGAGCGUCCAAGGAUCGGAAGAUGCUGUCGACGGCCCAGCAGAUGCUUCAGGACAGCAGGACGAAGAUGGAGCUGAUCCGUAUGCAGAUCAUCAAACUGGGCCAGUCUGCAGGGGGGGGCAAGCAGAGCGUGGAGCCAGACGGGAAUGGAGGCGCCACGGUCAGCUCGUUGGAGCUGCGGGUGGAGGAGCUUCGGCACCACCUCCAGAUCGAGGCGGCCGUAGCAGAGGGAGCCAAGAAUGUGGUGAAGCUGCUGGGGGGCAGGAGGGGGCAGGACCGGCGGGCGCUGGCUGAGGCCCAGGCUCGCUUGCAGGAGUCCUCUCAGAAGAUGGAUCUGUUGCGGCUGUCUCUGGAGCGCAGGCUGAGUGAGCUCCCCCAGGACCACUCCAAACGGGACCUCAUCAAGGCAGAGCUCACCCUGGGCAGCUCCCCCUCCCCUGCCGUCCCGGGCAGCCGCCUCCAGCCCUGCUCCUCCUUCCUCAAACCUGCUUCUCUCACAGGCAAGUUGGAGGUCAGACUUAUGGGUUGCCAGGACCUGUUGGAGACUGUGCCAGGCCGUUGUCGGGUAACCAGCCUUUCCUUGACGUCCGGCAGCCCCGGUGAUGCCAAGUCGUCUCUGAAGGCUCGGAUCGGGCGCAGCGGCAGUGGCCGCCACCUCAAGACGGACGAGCUGAGCGUGGAGAUCAGCGCUGUGCUGAAACUUGAUAAUAAAACGGUGGGACACACGCAGUGGAAGUCAGUCAGUAACCAGGCGUGGGACCAGAGCUUCUCCAUCGAGCUGAAUAGGUCUCGGGAGCUGGAGAUCGGGGUGUACUGGCGGGACUGGAGGGAGCUGUGCGCCGUCAGCUUCCUGCGGCUGGAGGAUUUCCUGGACAACCAGCGGCACGGCAUGUGCCUCUACCUGGAGCCUCAGGGGAUGCUCUUCACAGAGGUGACGUUUAUCAACCCUGUCAUCGAGCGGAACCUGAAACUGCAGAGGCAGAAACGCAUUUUCCCCAAAGAGAAAGGGAAGGACUUCCUGCGUGCAGCUCAGAUGAACAUUGACAUAGCUACCUGGGGGCGGCUCAUGCGGAGCGUGCUGCCCCCCUGCAGCGCCAUGACAACGCUGAGCCCGCCCCUGCACGGCUGCUCCCCCCCGGAGUUCAUAUCCCAGAGCCAGCCCAACACCUCCACUCCGUUACCUGGGGACACCCCUGCAGUCAAACUGACAUUCAGCGAUGAUCGCCCCCCCAAACCCCCACGCCUUCACCUUGAGCCGCCCCCCACAGAAGCUUCCCUCUCCCCGAGUGCAAAGAGGAGCCACAUGGUGGAGAUGACCAGCGAUGACAUCGACAUCAAAGCACAGCGACCGUGCCCUCCCGCUCCGAAGAAAGAAGGCAUGCAGAUAGAAGAUUUCCACUGUGUCUCCGUGCUCGGAAGAGGGCAUUUCGGAAAGGUGUUUCUUGCAGAGUACAUACAAACAGGGAAGCUGUACGCCAUUAAAGCCUUGAAGAAAGGAGACAUCGUGACCAGAGAUGAAGUAGACAGCUUGAUGAGUGAGAAGCGUAUUUUACAGACUGCCAACUCCUCUCGCCACCCUUUCCUGGUGAACCUGUUUGCCUCCUUCCAGACCCCCGAUCACGUCUGCUUCGUCAUGGAGUACUCGCCCGGGGGGGACCUGAUGAUGCACAUCCACGCCAACGUCUUCUCUGAGACACGGGCACGGUUCUACGCUGCGUGUGUGGUGUUGGGUUUGCAGUUUCUGCACACAAACAAGAUUGUUUACAGAGAUCUGAAACUGGAUAACCUGCUGAUGGAUGUGGAUGGCUUUGUGAAAAUUGCAGAUUUUGGACUGUGUAAAGAAGGAAUGGGCCACGGGGACCGGACGAGCACGUUCUGUGGCACCCCAGAGUUCCUGGCUCCAGAAGUUCUGACAGACAACACCUACACCCGCGCCGUGGACUGGUGGGGACUGGGGGUCCUCAUCUAUGAGAUGCUGGUGGGAGAGUCUCCGUUCCCAGGGGAUGAUGAAGAGGAGGUGUUUGACAGCAUUGUGAACGAUGAAGUCCGUUACCCAAGAUUCCUGUCCCCAGAAUCCAUCUCCGUCAUACAGAAGCUACUUCGUAAGAAUCCGGAAAAGCGCCUCGGAGCAGGAGAACAAGAUGCAGAGGAAGUGAAAAAGCAGAAAUUCUUUCAGGAGACUGACUGGGAGGCUCUCCUAGCUAAGAAAGUGAAGCCUCCCUUUGUCCCGUCGAUAAAGGACCCCACCGACGUCAGCAACUUUGACGAGGAGUUCACAACCCUGCCCCCCGUCCUGACCCCCCCUCGCCUGUCCUACCCGCUCACUGCGGAGCAGCAGACGCAGUUCAAGGACUUUGACUUUGUGUCGUCACACAGGGAGGUGUGAGUCAGUGGCAGGACGUGGGAUUGAACUGCAGUGUUGAUGUACAGUUCAGGGUGUUCUUUCAACCACGGCCUGAUCAUCCUUUUCAAUCUCUGUGGUUUCCAGUUUACCUAAACGGGACUUUAAAACAAACGUAAAUAUAAAAAACAAAUGAAGGGGGCCUGACUGAAGCAAGAACUGCUGAGCGUUGCCCUGUUUUAUGAAGACAGCUCUAUAUUAUUACUCUUUAUUGGUAGUUUAGAUUUUGUAUUUACUCUUUAUCCAAGGUUGGCUUUAGUCUAUACUCUACAUCAAGGAAGACCAUUUUCUGUUUAAUGAAGUGCCUGGGUUGAGCCAUUUUAAAAUCUGAGAUGUGUGUUUAAAAACUAAAUUGAUAAUAGUGAUGAACGGUCCUGGCCGAUGUAACGUUAACCCUCAGAUGCAUUUUCACAACAUGUUUAAGGUGAUGCCAGCAUUAAAAUGCAGGCUCCCCCUAGGGAUGCAACUACUGUGAGCCUUCUAUAUCUUUUUAAACAAUGAAGCAAGUUCUGAGAACUGCCAAAGCCACUGUGGCAAAGUAUUGAAUCCACUGGGAAAUGACUUGAAACACUCGUUUCUUGUAUGUAUGUUGAAAUGUGUAUCUAUUAUGAAUGUGUGUGAUUUACUACUGAAGUCAUCUAGUCUGUGAACAGCAAGAAGCAUAGCACUACCUAACAUUUUUUUUGGUAAGAUUAUUUUAUUGUGUCUUAUUAUACGGGGGGGGGGGGGGGGGAAUAAUCGUUGGCGCUGAAGUUGGUGUUGAAAUUGUGUUUUGGAAUCCAGUUAUUGCAUUUCUGAAUGUACAUUGACCGAAUGCACAUUAAAAAAGACUGCUUAUAACUAAA